GCGCAUACGAGUCCGAACCACCACGGAAAGCAGUAGGUGUCUCUGCAUACGUUCGACAGGGCACAAAACUUUAAAAAAUUAUAUAUAUACAUACACAUAUAUACAUAUAUAUAUAAAUCUCUAUAUAAAAUAUAUAUAGAAAAAUACAAGAAAAAGAAAACUUAAUUAAAUAUGUUAUAGUUUAAUAAAUACAAAACAUGCAAAAGUAAUUAGUAAUCAUAAAUAAAAAGUAAAGAAAUUUGAAGAAAAAGUUAUUACACAAGCAAAACGAAACGUGUGAAACAAGAAUGGAAAAAUUUUUUGAAGUUCAACCAAGAAGAAAAUUUCUAUAAUGCAAACGAGAAAAAAUAACACUACACUAAAAAUGCCCAAAAAGAGUAACUAAAUGAUCAAAACAAGAAGUAACUAUAGUAUAUAUGUAUAUGUAAAAAUGUAACUAAGAUCUGCUUAAACCACACACCACAAUAAACUAAAAAAAUACAUACAAACAAACGCAAAAAUAUAAUAUUCAAUAUAAAUUACAAAUAAACAGAAACCAACAACAUUCAAUAUCAAUGGCCCAGUCACAGAUGUCUGGAUGAAGUUUGAAUGUCGUCCAAGGAGAAAAAAUGAAAAAUGCCGUCAUUGAUGACAAUUUCUUCAGCGGUACGAAACGAUCAGCAGCAAUUGUCAUUUAUAAAGCCGGACUUGCAACGACGACAAAAACAACAACAACAACACCAUUACGAAACAUUUAAUGACGGCAUAAAAGAAGAAGAAGACGAAGAUAUACAACAUUACGAGGACGAAGGAGGCGACAACGUGUUUCGAAUUGAUGAAGUUGAAAUCGAAAAGCAACAACAAUUUGUCGCAUCAUCAUCUGACGUCAUACGAAGAGCAGCAACAACAUCCUCUGUCCAAUUGAACAAGUUUUGUUGGUCGUUUUUGUCCAGGAAUUUAAUAACAGCAGCAGAGAUUAAAUUAACCAAUCCCACCUUUGAUAUACAACAACAACAAAAGCAACAACACUUAGUACAACAACAACAACAAAAGCAGAGACAGCAACAACCACAACUAUUCAAAUAUCAUCACCUAUUGCUAUUGUACUAAACAACAACAACAACAACUACAGCAACACAGCAACAAAUUGGUUCCUUGUCCAAAAAAAAAAAGAAACAAAACUACACAAACAAACACAACUAAUUAGAAAGCCGAUAAAACCAAAAACAACAGUAACAACAGAAACGUUUCUAAGCUAAAACAAAAUUGCCUAAAACUCUCGCAUCCUUUUUUUGGUGGGUGGGAAUUCGUAACUUACGUGUCUCCCCCGUUACAAUUUACUAAAACCACAACAGGAUUGAAGUUAAACUGGAAAAUUGUUGAAAAUAACAGAAACCAAAACGGCAGACAUAAGCAACAGACACCUACAAGCGCAGAAGCAGCAGCAUCACCAGCCACAGCAGCACCACCAUCAAGAGCAUCAACAUCGCCAGCAGCAGCAGCAACAGAAGGAACAACAUCGACAACAACCAUCAACGAUUCCUUCUUCGUCCAUCUUCUUCAAGUAUUGCGGAUCGUCGUCGUCGUCGUUGUUUGCCAUUACUUCGGGUUGGAUCGUUUGCUACUAUUUGUUGUUAAUUGUUGUAAAUUUCCAUUGGACUACAAGGACGUCUCCAUUGGACGUCGAGUCGUCGGACAUCUUCGGCAUUAGCAACAGAAACAGCAACAACUACAACAACGAUCCCAAUAGAGAUUUCUUCAUGGACUCGAUUGUGCGCAAAAUGGCGGAUGGUGGUCACACGUUCGUAAAGAAGAAUUUCCAUAAGCCAACAUAUUGUCAUCAUUGUUCGGAUAUCUUGUGGUUCGGUUUGAUUGGACAGGGGUAUAUAUGUGAAGUAUGCAACUUUAUAAUACAUGAACGAUGUGUCACAAAUGUUGUGACACCUUGCUCCGGCAUUGCACCGUGUAUUAUUAAGAAUCCCGUGGCUCAUUGCUGGUCGGAACCCACACAACACAAAAAGAAAUUCUGCACAGUAUGUCGCAAGCGUUUGGAUGAUGCACCUUCUGUACAUUGCAUAGUUUGUGAAUAUUAUGCACAUCUCGAGUGCCAAGAUUUCGCUGUACCAGAUUGUACAGAAAAUGCCACCUAUGUACCCGGCAAGGAGCUAUUGAAUGUGAAGCAUCAACAUCAUUGGCGAGAGGGCAAUCUACCAUCAAAUUCAAAAUGUGUUUACUGCAAAAAGACCUGUUGGUCUUCAGAAUGCCUAACAGGCUAUCGCUGCGAAUGGUGUGGUCUGGUCACACACGCUGGAUGUCGCAUGUACCUGCCAACCGAAUGUACAUUCGGUUGUUUACAACCGAUAUAUUUACCUCCGCAUUGUGUUUCAAUACCACGUACCGAGGUGCCAAUUAAAGAAAUAAUGGGUGUUCGAAAAACCGAAUCCGAAUCGAAUUUAGUUCGCGACUAUUCAUGCCAAGGUUUUAAUAACGACGAUGUUGAGUGUGCUGAAAUUUUAGCUGCUACAGCUACGACCACUUCCAUGACGGCAGUUGGAAAUGUUGCUGCAACCUCAGUUAUGAGUUGUAAUAAUGGCAAUGCUUCACCUUCUUUAACCUUAAAAGAGCUUUUACUAUUGCAAAGACAGCGUUUAGAAGAAUCAAAACAAAAUUUUUUUCUUUCCUCUUCACCCUCAUCGUCGUAUGCCCCCUCACCGAUACCGCCAAUGAUAGCUGAUGAAACGUCGACAGCAACACAGAUUGCAGUAGCCACGGGGAUAAAUGAAGAAGAUAUUGGCAUUGAUGAUAAUGCGGAAAAUACAAAGACGGGUGAUAAUGAAGCCAGCGCUGACCAGGUGGUGGAAGAGCAAAUAAAUCAAACAAAAAUCAAAGAUUCAUUGGAGGUGGUGGUGGCGGCCAGUAAACGAGACACUCCCAAGGCCGGUAAUCGUAAAAAGUGCCAAAAGAAUAUUCAAAAGUCGCCUUCGAGCUCAUCGUCAUUGCAUUUAUUUUAUACGAACAUAGUCAAUAAGAUACCAUACACCGGAGGUGGUGGUGGCAGUGGCCGGAAGCAUCUCUCCUCGAAUACCGAUGAUGAUGAAGUCGAUGGUGGCGUAUGUGAUGUCAGUGGCGGUGAUAUUAGUGACGAUUACGACCAUUGUGAUGUUGGGGAUUCGGAGGAUCCCUCCAAGUCCCAUCGGCGUGGCAUCGAAACGAAAACAGCCGAAGUAUUAAGCGAUGAGAGCAGCGGCCGUGGUGGCCAGCAACUAACACCCGGUACUGGUACGGGCAGUGAUAUUGAAUAUCAUGGCGAUAUAGAAGGCGAAUCCACCCAUCACGAAGGUUUCUAUGAAACCUCCGAUACGGGCGGUGAACUGACCAAUACCGAUGACAUUGAUAUUGAUUCAAGCAUGAAUCUGCUUAGCAAUUUAAGUUGUAAUAGUAGUAAUAGUAACACAUCCAUAGAGAAACGUAUUAGUUUAAAUAGACAUAGAAAUGCGCACAAUCUCCAGCUGUCCGCGGCAAUGGGUUUCACGCCGGGUACCCCGAGCCGGCCCAAGCGCGGUUCAGCCAACACUGCCUUAGGUGCGUUUGAGAGUACGAAACAAAAGACUGCAGCCAAGCCGAUACCGGCUCCGAGUAGAGGUCAUCGUCAUCCGGCAUUGAGUUCCCCGAAUUCCAGCGAUUGUUCCCCAGCCUCACCAAUUCCACCGCAUCCGGCCACAGCGCCCCAUCCCUUGUCGCCGGUGGGUCGUAGCAAAUCAUUUCAGGAACCCGGGGUCAAACUGCAUGCCCAAAGUCCUGGAGGUAGAUACAAGAAAUAUGCUCGCUUCUUUCAAAGGCGACGUUCGAAACGCUCCAAUGCCUCGGGCGGUGGGGCAAAAGUGGAGGGCAAAAAUAUCCACAGCAAUUAUAGUCUUGAUACCAUGUAUCAGAAUAUUGAAAUUACCAUUCAGGAUGAGGAUGGCAACUAUCAGCCAUAUGAUGAUAAUUAUGACACCUGCGAUCGUCAUCGCAGUGAUGACCAUUUGGGCGAUGCCGACGAGGACGAUGAUGAGGAAAUUCUCAAAGAGUAUUCACAGCUACUGGGCAGCCGGCUAAGGCCCUAUCACCACCACUCGGCCAUGUAUGACAGUGCUGGUGGUGGUAUACACAGUGAUGAUGGUGGUGGCGGUGAUAUCAGUGAUGGUGCCAGCAGCCGCAGCCGUUCUAGGCUGAGUGAUAAUGAACAUGUCUUUGGCAAGCUAUUGAAGCGCAUGCGCCGCUUUUCGAUGGGUUGGCGCAAGCCACGUUAUCACAAACGUAGAGCUCGUAGUAUAUCGGAAGAAUUCAGUAGCGGUGAUGCUCCACGCUUCAAAGAUGAAGAGUCGGUGGAUAAGAACGAGGCAAUGUCUGUGGUGGCGGGCGGUAGUGCAGCUGGUUGCAGCAGUGGUGGUUCAUCUUCACAUUAUCGGCCCGAAUCGGCAUCGGGCCAUAAAUCUGAUAAAUCGGACAAGGAGAAGGAGAAAAAGGAAAGAGAACGUGAAGAAAAAGAUAUUGAAGCCAUCAAGGUCUUUGAUGGCAACAAUUCAUUUAGACGCCAGCUAUAUCGCGUCAUAACGGUACCUCGUACAUAUACCUUGGAACAAUUGUUAACAACAGCAUUGCGAGCAUUUCAUAUAUCACGUGAUCCCAGUGCAUUUUAUUUAACCGAUUUAUAUGCGCCCGUUGGCAUGGAAGAUUCUGCCCUACAAGAUCCAAAUCCUGUAUUAAGCUUAAAUCACAUGGAGGGUAAACGACCAGCUAUAUUUCUUCGGUUUCAAGACAAGGACAAUGGUUUUGUUCGUGUUUAUCCUGGCAAAUUGCAGUGCUCACUGGAGGAGCCAUAUGUUAGUGUUCCUGUCGAUACUACGACCACUAUUAAGGAUUUGAUACGUGAUGCUCUAGAUCGGUUUGGUUUACAGGAUAAUCCAAUCGAUGAUUACAGAUGUUCCCAAGUAUUAUUAGAUAGCGGUGUCACCGAACGCAUUUUAUCCUGGAACGAACGCCCAUGGAAUAUUAUGAAACAAAUGGGCAAGGACUCGAUACGUCAAAUGGAAUUGAUGCGUUUCUAUUUGCAACACCGACAAGAUCCCCAUGGUCCGAAUAUUGCCCUGUUUGUGGGCAAUCUCGAUCCGGGCAAGUCUCAGCGAAAAUAUGAAGAUUUUCUCAAUAAAUAUCUAACGGAAGAUAGUAAAUUUACAAGUAUUGGUCCAAUCUAUUAUGAGUAUGGUUCGGUGGUUCUAACUUAUGAAGAUGCCCAGAAGGCGGUGCGAGCUUUCUACAUACUACGUGAAGUACGUUGGGAUGGCAAGGACUUGUUGGUAAUGCUUUUGCCAAAUAUUGAACCCAGCAUGGUGCCACCCGACAUAAAUCCCUUAUUGGUAUUUGUAAAUGUCAAAUCUGGUGGUUGUCAGGGUCUAGAGUUGAUAUCGAACUUUAGAAAACUACUUAAUCCAUUUCAAGUAUUCAAUUUGGAGAAUGGUGGUCCAUUACCAGGAUUGUACGUUUUCCGUCACAUACCCCAUUAUAAGAUCUUGGUUUGUGGUGGCGAUGGUACAGUGGGUUGGGUUCUACAGUGUUUGGAUAAUGUCGGACAAGAUUCGGAAUGUUCCAGCCCACCCUGUGCCAUUCUACCGCUGGGAACUGGCAACGACCUGGCCCGAGUCCUGUGCUGGGGUUCUGGUUAUACGGGUGAUCAAGACCCUCUCAGCUAUUUGCGUGAAGUUAUCGAAGCUGAAGAUAUACGCUUAGAUCGUUGGACCGUUGUCUUUCAUCCGGAAGAGAAGCCCGAGGAACAGAUACUUAAGGUUCCCACGAACACUACCGGUAAGAAGAAGAAGGCUCAUCAAGCACAUCUAUCGCAACAAACAGAUCAGCAUCAUCAAGAACCGGCCAUUACAUCGAGUGAAAAAUCAGGUGCCGCCGAUGAUGAAUGCGAGGGUACCAAAAACGAAGACAAUACCCAAAUAUUUGUUAUGAAUAAUUAUUUUGGCAUUGGCUUGGAUGCCGAUUUGUGUCUGGACUUUCACAAUGCCCGAAUGGAGAAUCCAUUCAAGUUCAAUUCACGUCUUCACAACAAGGGUGUCUACGUUAAGAUGGGUCUACGCAAAAUGAUGGGCGGUCGCAAAUGUACAAAGGAUUUGCAAAAGGAAUUGCAUUUGGAAGUUGAUGGCAAAGUUGUUGAGUUGCCACCGUGUGAGGGUAUUAUCAUAUUAAAUAUAUUAAGUUGGGGCAGUGGUGCCAAUCCAUGGGGUCCUGACAAGGAUGAUCGUUUCUCGACACCCAACCACUAUGAUGGUCUAUUGGAAAUUGUUGGCGUCACCGGUGUGGUGCAUUUGGGACAAAUACAAUCGGGUAUACGAUAUGCGAAUCGUAUUGCCCAGGGUGGUCACAUUAAAAUGCAUUUAUAUUCUGAUUUACCCGUGCAAGUUGAUGGCGAACCAUGGGUACAGUGUUCCGGUGAUAUUGUGGUUUUAAAAUCUGCUCUAAGGGCGACCAUGUUGAAAAAAGUCAAAAACAAAAUGAAACGUCGUAAUACGGAACCUUCAAUGGCUUUGGCCGGCCAACAGAUGUCACUGGCCCUACCACCCACAACGGCUGAGGGGGAUUCGGAAAGUGAAAUUGCCAGCAAUAACACCGAUUUCUGAAUAUGGUACAGCGAGCGUUUGAUUUAAAAUGUUAAUAAAUUUAAAUUAAAAUCAACCAAACAAACAUCCCCUCGUCCAGAGAAUUUGAAGAAGAACAGAAAAUAUUGGAGGAGUAACAUCAUUAACCAAAAACGCCAUCAACACCAUGUACAGGACAUUUGCGACAGAUAAAGCAAAAAUAAAGCAAGAAACCCGUAAAAUCAUCAUAAUAUAUUUUUUUAUUUAUAAAACAAUUUUUUGUUCUAAAAAUGACAACUGGAAAAUUUCCUCUAAGUCCUAAUUUUUUUUUGGAAUACUUUUAAGUUUAUUGUUUUAUUUAAAUUUCUAUUUUUUUAAACAAAUUUAUUAACACUUUUAAAUACAAAUAGCUCUAAAAGAAGACGAAGAACUCAACCAACAAAAAAUUCACAAAAACUCCAAAGUAACAAAAUGGCGCAACAGGUGCAAAAUUGAAAACAAACGUCGCACACAAAGAAAACCGCUAAACAAACCUAUAGAAAUUAUUUUUUAAAUUAACUUAUAAGUAAAUGUAAUUUAGAUUUUAGAUUUAUGAUUACCAAACAAAAGAAAAAGGCGGCAAACUAAAAGAACAAUUGGCCGGUUGUAUUGAAAUCUAAAAACAAAGGCACAAAAAGAACUAUUUAACAACAGCAACAAGAGCUUUUGAAAGUACCAAAAAAACAAGAAGUAGAAAAGUAUUUUUCCAUUAAAAAAAAAACUAAAUAUAUAUUUUAUAUAUUUUUAUAUAAUUUUUAGAAUUUUAACCAAAAAAAUAAAUAUUUUGACAUUUUUAUUUAUUUUUAGUUUUUUAUUUAAUUAAUUUUUUUUUGUAUGAAUUGUUGUUUUUUUAUGGGAAAAUUGUUUUUCUCAAAUAAGGGUUUAUGAUUUGAAACAAGUAUUAAAAAUAUGUGUCAUACAUUAAAAAAUGAGAUUAGCUAACAAGAGUAUAUUGUAAAAUGAAAAGAAACAAUUCUUAGGGUCUUUUUGAAAUUAGAAAACAAAAAUACAAUUCUUCAGAAAAAUAUUAAGCAAACUAAUGAUUAUAAAUUACCCAAACUGUUAGUUUCCUUUUCCACGCAAAUAGGAAAGUUUUUAUCCUAUGUUUUUUUAGAGUUUCGUAAAUAAAUUUUAAAUUUAAACAGUAUUUAAGCAACUCUUACUCAAAAUACAGGAUCCAACAGGAUUGAAACAAUUAAAAGUAAGGCAUGUAGAUUUGACAUCAUUGAUCAUUCUAUCAGAAAUAGCACAUUAAAUUCGAUUAAAGGGAGAGAGAGAAUAAGCAUUUUUCAGCUUAAAACAUUAUAUUAACAUUUCAACAAAAAUCCCAUAUCAAAUAGACAUCAUUGAAGAAUUAUUAAAAAAGAUCCGAGACAUUCAAGAGUUGCAAGAAUUUUCAACUGCGAUUUUUGCUUAUGUUUGGUUGCCAUCACUACACUCUUUCUUAAAGAGAACAAUCAGAAAUGUCUGAGAGAAACAACAUCUCAGACAGAGAGAACAAAAAUAUGGAAACAUAAGUCAAGUGUGGCUCCUUUUUCAGGAGAGUACAAAAAUGUGUCAGAGAGAAAAUAUGUAAACGUCAGUUCUAAUGCGUAUAUCCGUAUAUGAAAGUACUUUAGACAUUGCAUUAUCCUAUCUUUUUGUGGUAAUUGUUUACUUUUUUCAUCUCCAUUCUCCCUUUUUUCAGAAAAGUAAAAAAUAUCUCAGAGAGAAUAUGUGUAAACUUUAACCAUUUCAUUAUCCUAUCUUUCUGUGCUAAUUGUUUACACUCUUCAUCUUUUGAUCAGUGAAGAAGAGUCAAACUGAGGUAAAAAAUUUCUCAGAGAGAAAAUAUGUAAACUUCAGUUCUAAAUCGUAUACAUAUGAAUGUGCCUGACUUAUUUAAUUAUCCCUCCUCUCUGUGCGGUUUGUUUACUCUCUUCAUUUUCUCAAGAAGAAGAGCUCGCUGCCGAUCUCUGUUCCAAAGGGAAAAAUCGAUCGAUUUUCAUUUAAGCUUUGCUAAUUUUAAAAUGCGAGCAAAACUCGAAAUCGACAUCAGAAACUGUUUGCACACAAAUCAACAAACUAAAUAAUUGUUUCCAAUCGAUUUCACUCUUUGAGGAUACUCUUUCUCUCUUUCAAACAUUUCAACUCUUACUCUAAGAUUUCAAAAAUUUUUAACUUGGGAGUGCUUACACAAGAAACAAAAACGAGUGGAGAGUAAACUUUAUAUAAAUCUCAUAUUUUUCGAGCAUUCCUCAAGUAAAUAUGUGUUCUAAUAAAGAAGGUGUCGGGAUCAACAUAACAUAUUUCCCUCAGGUUCUUUUUGGCCCUUAAAAAAUGUGUGUAAUAUUUGAAAUUUUUGGAGACUAAAAGGAAGCAUAUACAAGGACUUCUGUUGAAAACAGCAAUGAAUUUGUUUUUCAUAGCACAUAUUUACAAGAGGUUUUCGAAGGUAUUUCGUUUAUUGAAGAGACUUCAAUAUUUAAAACAAAAUCCUUCAAGAAAAUAGAAAGUCCUCUGCUUACAGGAUUUCAUUAGAAAGUAUUCAAUUUAUAGACAGGAUCCGAAAAAUGUGUUCGAUGUAUAAAAUUGCUGAACACGCAAUAGCAUCUAUAAAAGCGAUAAAGAAAUUAUUCCAUUUCCCACUUGGGAGAUCUUCGAUUUUUAGGAGAUUUAUGGAAGAUGUUUUAUAAAAAAUUGUUUCUCCUUUUGAACGAUUCAUAGAAAAUCUUCUGUCAAUAACAGGUCUAAAUGAGUUAUUGUGUCUUUAGAAGACCUAAAGAAGCAUUCUAUCUCAAGAAAGUCUAUGGAAGUUUUUUUGUUUAUAGAAGGUCCAUAGAAGACUUAUGGAAGCUAUCUGCUCUCUGUAGAAAAAUCAUAAAAUGUGUUUUGUUCAUGGAAGACUGAUAUUAACUCUUCUGUAUAUAAAAUUCCUUUAAAAGAAAUUCUGUCUACUGGAGAAUAUUUCUGUAUAUGGGAAAUCUUAAGAAAAUAUUUUGUCCAUGCAAGACUUAUUCAAGAAUAUUUGUAUCUACAUAAGACUCUUUAUCACGACCUUUUGCCAAAAGAAGAUUCUUCUGUCAAAAAGAAUCUCCUAUGGAAGGUCUUUAUAAAAAUCCACACGUAAUAGUACCCAUAUAAGGUAUUUUUACGAUCCAGGACAUUAUUUGCUCUAUAUGUCAAAAGAAGUAUAUUCUUACCUUCAGUGAGAGCUUAAAAUAGGAGAGCAAUCUUUCUCUGGAGAAGGAUUUGUAUAUGGGAAAUCUUAAGAAAAUAUUUUGUCCAUGCAAGACUUAUUCAAGAAUAUUUGUAUCUACAUAAGACUCUUUAUCACGACCUUUUGCCAAAAGAAGAUUCUUCUGUCAAAAAGAAUCUCCUAUGGAAGGUCUUUAUAAAAAUCCACACGUAAUAGUACCCAUAUAAGGUAUUUUUACGAUCCAGGACAUUAUUUGCUCUAUAUGUCAAAAGAAGUAUAUUCUUACCUUCAGUGAGAGCUUAAAAUAGGAGAGCAAUCUUUCUCUGGAGAAGGAUUUGGCUUAAGUUUUUAAAGCACCGCUAGAAUAUAGAUAAAGCCAAACUGCCUUAGAAAAUUGGAAGGUGGCAGAUGGAGUAUAUUGUAAAUUCAUUUAUAUUUGGCACAGUAAAAAAAACUAUAUAAACUAAAGUAAUGUCUAGACCAGGUUCAACCAAAAAAGUUAUCUUAUAUCAGAUAUUGAAAGUAAGGUUAAGCGACUGUUUAUACCCUACACCACAACGGUCAGGGUAUUAUGUCUUUGAGCAUUUGUUUGUAACUGGUAUAAGGAAAUAGUUUCUUUUGAUAAUCUGCAUAGAAUCACAUUCUGAGUCGAUUUAUGCAUGUCCGUCCGUCCGUCCGUCUGUCCAUGUAUUUUUGUAAACAAAGUACUGGUCGCAUUUAUUGCCCGAUCCAGAUGAAAUUUUGCACAAAUAAUUUGUUUCACCCAAGAACAAACCUUAUUGAAGAAAUUGGAGAUAAUCGGUCAAAAUGUAGGUAUAGCUCCAAUAUAUAUCUUCGUCCGAUUUGCCUUUUAUUGGACACCAAACGUGUAAUAUCAGCCCAAAUAGUAUGGAAUUUUGCACAUACGACCAGACCAGAGCCUAAAAAUAAGUAUGCCAAAUUUGAUGGAAAUCAUUUCAUAUAUAGCUAUAGCUCUCAUAAAGCUACAAAUGCCUCGGCAAAUUAAGUAGAAAUCGAUUCAGGGCCGACUUUAAGACUUUCUUUACUGGUUUAUUUUUGGGAAAGAAAAAAAAGAGAUGAGGAUACAGAGAAGGAAUGAUGAGUAAUUCCAUUUUAAUAACUCUUUUCAAUUUCCAAUUAAAAUGAGUCUUAACUAAAUGUUUCAGUAUUUUGAAAAUGAAUGUAAAUCUCGGAACUUUUUAUUAAAUUUAUAAAAUUGUCAUAUCUCCAACAGCCAAAAGUAGGUUUUUGGUAGAACUAAAAAAUAUUUAUCUUAAUUUAAAUAAAAUAAUUUGUUUGACUUUUUUUGGAAGUUUUCCCAAAAUUCUCAUCAAACUUGAUGUCAAGCAGGAUUUUUUUAAUAGUUUUUUUUAUAUUAUAAACCCUUAUUCACGAGAAGCUAAUUUAUUAUUUUUUCAAAUUGUUUUUAUAACAAUUAUUUUAUUAUAUUUUUUUAAAGUACUCUCAUUUUUAUUUAAAACAAAACAACAAAACACAAACAAUUUAAAAUUGGCUUGAAUAUUAGCAAGAAGACCAUCAAAAUUAAAAUGAAAAUUUUAAAAUAAAAUAAAAUAUGGUAAAUAACAACAACAACAAUUGGCAACAACAAAUAUAGCUAUUUAUGUGUAGUAUACACGGGAAAAGAAAAACUUGAAGAAAUCUGAGACCAAUAUUACCAAAAAAAAAAAAAAAAAAGAAAUUCCUCUACAACUGAUGAUUGAUUUUUAAGACAAAAACGAAAAUAAAAUCCUGAACAAGUCAAGCUAACAUUACCAACAAAAUUGUUAAACAAAAAAACAAACGCGAACCUGAGUAAAAAGUAAAUUCCCACUGAACAAAGAAAAAAGUGAAAUUAUGAAAUUGAACCAAACAUGAAGUACCUUUGUAAUUAAAACAAGCAAAACAAGUGAAAACCAAAAAAUUAUUAUAUUUUUAGCUAAAAAGUUAAUGAAGAAGUAAAAGAAGAUGAAGAAGUAUUUUAAAUGAAGACCUUAAUAAAAAAAAAAAAAAACAGAAAUGUCACAAAUGAAAACUUCUUCAAAUACCAAAAGAAAAGAAAUGCAAAGAAGAAGCAAGAAAAACGGAAACACCCAAACUUUGACACAACAAAUACAGUAAAUGCUUGAAAAUUGUUCACAAAUGCUAAUUUUGGAAUGUAUAGCAACCAAAUUUGAGACGUAACAUUGUUUUUGAAGAAAAUUUUGUGGAACGAUUUGUAAAAGAAGACCAAAAACGAAUAAGUGACAAGGAUUUGUUAAAAAUUUUCUUCAUUACUGUAGGAAGAAAUUCUUUAAGAAAAAAAAACAAACAAAAUCUCAAUGAAUUGAAUGAAAAAAGAAAACCUUAAAAAAAGAAAACAUUGAAAUUCCUUUGGAAAACAAAUUAUAAACAAAUUUCCUGUUUCAAAGCUUAAAAAAGAUUUUUUUUCUCAAAAGAAAACAAAAUUCCAAUUUUAUUUGAUUUUUUGAAAAACAAUUUUAAUUGGAGGUUGACCAACAUUUCGAAAAUUUUUUAAAAUAAUAAUUUUUAACAAACCCAGAAAAAAACAAACAACCUCUAAAAAAUUUAAAUGAAAAUUAUAAAAUUUAUUUACAACAAAAGAAACAAAAAGAAAAUUUAAAUAUUUUAACAAAAUCACUAUCACCGCUGUCAUGAUUCAUCUCCCCCAAUCGAGUAUCAUUCGAUAUUUUGAAAUAGUUUUGUAUGUCUCCGCUCGGGUCUAAACACGGAAAUCCCAAGGGGAGACCUAAAACAAUUUCAAAAUUCCCAUUCCAGUAGCUCAUUGACAUACUGCACAAUGUUCCGAAAAAAGGGAACACACAACAGUUAGCACAACAACAUCUCCCCCACGAAAAGUCAUUCGAUACGCAACGAAUUAAGGGGCUCAAAAUGUACAAAGAUUAAUCGAAAUUUCCGUGUACCAGGGCCAAAGGCCUUCCACCUGCCCGGCCCUUUUUGUGAGCUAUGGAAAAUUCUUUAUUUUUUUGACCCAGGCAAUGUCUACUCAGAAAAUUAUCCUCUCACCAAAAACCAAAAAUGUAGUUGUAAGUCUCUCACGGGAGGAUUGAAUUUUCCCAGUUUUCAAUGUUCUGGGUUUCCAGCGCCAAUUAAGGUGGCCGCACAAAAAAAAACAAAGAAUUUUUCGAUAUUUCCAAAAAUGUCCCUCCUUGGUUGUUGUUUAAAAAUACUAAACAAUUGCCAAGAACAUAGAAUGAUUGAUUGAGUACAUAUUUAAAAUUCGUUACGAGAUUGAAUGAUUUUUGCAAAACAAUCUCCCUCUCAACAAAAAAACAAAAAAGAAAUAAAAAACAAAAUUACAACACAACACUUUACAUAUACUAUAUUUUCUCAUUAACAUACUACUAUAUUUUAAUUUCCAUAAAAAAAAACAAACAAACAAAAACCAACAAAUUUAAAUCCUUAAAAACAAAGUUGAAAAAAUUUUAGUAUAAGUUAACAAAACCAAAAAAAAAACAGCUAAAAAUACCUUAAAUUAUAUGGUAAUAAUUAUAAAAACAAAACAAAAAACAAAUAAAAUAAAACAAAACAAUUGUAGUUUCUCUAAACAAAGAAAACAUAAAUUUCAUCUAAAAACAAAAACAAACAACAAAAAUCAUUCCUCCUGUUUAAAUAACAACAACAACAAGAUACACGACGUUGAAACUUUGAAAAAAAGAACAACAACAAUGUGAAAAAAGGGAAACUCCUACAAACUGAUGCUAACUACAACUAUUUACAAAAACAACAACAACAAAUGAAAUGUAAAAUAUACCUAACAACACACAACAAAAACAUUACACUAUAAAACACACACAUCCACAAAUACAACAAAACAGAAGAAGAAGAAGAACAACAACAAAAACAACUAAAUGAAAUGAAAUUAACAACAAUUCGAAAUUAACCACAAAAGAAAAAAACAAAACAAAGAAAAACUAUAAAAAAUAAAAACUAUAUGUAAAGAAAAACAGAA